UGUAGAUAUUAUUAAUUUAAACUAUAUUUAAUGGCUGUUUCAAUGAUUUUAAAAAAUGAAAGUAUGCAAACCUCCAUGUCGGAGGUCGAACUUGAAAAAAUCACAAAUUUCCUUCAAAUCUGACCCAAACCCUAGCAAAUAUGGAAAAAUUGACGGGUUUGAGAUAGAUGAACCGUUAUUUUCACUUUUGGACGGAUUAGUGGAAAACAAUGAGAAGACGAAGGAGGUCGUGGUCAAAACUCUGAUGAAGUUUGCACUUUAUCAGCCAGAUUUAGUGUUAAAAUCGGUUUUAACCUUCUUACAAGUGCAGAAAACAACAGUAACGCAUCAACAUUCCCUGCUAAGCUUCCUAAAAAAGUGCAUAAAUGAGUUGAAAAACGUGCCAAACAGUACUGUUAAGGAAGUACUUUUAUUUGUUUUAAAGGAGAUUAGGUUCCUGAAGGUUACUGACCAAAGGCAUCUUGAAAUGAAGGAAAUUGUUAACGCGGCAACUGUUCUCUGCCCAUCGUUCUCAGUGGAUAUUAUAUUAGCAUCCAUUAAAGAUAUAAAUCAAAGAGAAAAUUAUUUCGAGAUUUUGUGUAUAUAUGUGAAGGUUUUGGCUCAUAUUUGUGUCUCAGUUCCAAACAAUUCAUACGUGAAGAGUGUUUUGAUUUCAAGUCACCUAAUGUCGUUGUAUAAUAAGGAUGUUUUUAAGGAGGAGAACCAGGAAAUUUGCAAGGAACUUUCAUCACUAUUGUAUGCAAUUUCUAACAUGAUACUGACAGUUCCUUACACAUCAAAUUCCUAUUCAAGGUUUAUUGGAUUAGGUCGUUUUUCUUCCUUGAAUAACAACACACUUUCCAAAGUCUGUAAUGAAAUAACUAGUGAUUCAACUAUGUAUGAGGCUUUGAACUUGGAAAAUAAUAUAUAUAAUCGGUUCUUAAAACAGUCUAACAUGCCAAAUCAUACUCAUGAUAGUGUAAAUUCCCUAAAUAGUGUGAAUCAUGUGGAUAAUAAGAUGAUUCGUAAGAUGAGUAGACCUAAUAUAGAAAAUAUCAAGAAUAUACUGGAACCGUUGUAUGGGUUAAUGUUGGAUUAUUACUUGCAAAAGAUAUACAUAAAUCCGGCGUAUGAUAAUACAUGUUUGGAACUACUGUAUUCCUUGGUGAUCAUUUCAGAGUACGUUUCACCUGAAUGUUUCAGGAAUAAUUCACUCAACCUGUUAACGUGUAUCAUAGUCAGAUUCUUAAAUUAUGUGCCAAAUCUCAAAGUUAACGAUAAUUUGUGGCUCAAAUUACAUAAAAUCAGCUCAAACAACCUGACCAAUAAAUUUGUAUCACUGUUUUCAAAUCCAAAUGUUCUGUGUAAUGUUCCGCCGAAGUUUUUUGUUUAUGGCCUGAGGGUCUUUCUGCAAAUCUUGUACAAUAAUAAUCAAUUUUACAUUUAUACUAAUUCCCACAAUCUGUGUAAUAUACUGUUUUCGAUGCUGGUAAUAUUGUAUAAUAGUAAUAAUAAAUGUUUGUUGUCCUACCUAAAAGACGCGGUGUCUUCUAAGGAUACUUCUGUUGUCACCAGUCAUUCAAGUUCAACUGACUCUGUCAAUGAGAUUGACAAUGUGUACAUUGACCACAUAAUAAAUUCACUUGGGAUACUGUUUAGCAUAAAUUCAACGUGUUUAGUUCUUUGCGAAUUUUUGUAUAAUAAACUUGUUUCAAAUGUUUUGUCGAGUGUGAUUUUGUCAUUUUAUAUCUUCUCCUGUACAUUUACUGUGGAAAGGGAUAGUCAAACUAAUAAUGAGAAUAGUUCGCUUUUAAAAAGUAAUGGUUUAGUUGAUACUGGUGAAUCUUACAACCUAGUGAAGAAUAAUAGUGGAUUUGGUGAAAAGAAGAGUAUACUGAUGUAUAAAAUAAUAGAUAAUAUACACAACAUACUGAGCAUAACAGUGACGGACACAUACUCCUUUUAUAUAAUUGUACAGUUCAUAAACAUCUUGUUUUCUUCAAAGUACAUUUCCUUUUACUCAAACUAUAAUCAACUGGAACAAAAUAGUAUGUUAAGUAAGAAGCUGAAGAGUGUUUAUUAUAUAAUCAAUUAUAUAUUCGAGUAUAAAAUAAACAUGGUUAUCAAGAAACGGAUUGAAAGUAAUGUGGAGUUAUUCAAUGACAACAAGUUUGACCAGACAUUUUUCCACCUGAUGUAUCAUUAUGACCCAAAUAGCACAGCCCAGCUUCUCACAACACAUCCAUCAGUUCAAAUUGAGUUUAUAGAAGACUGUAUUGAUAACAUAAUAAGAAGUUCACCGGAACAUUUUCUUUCAUAUUUAAUGAACAAAUUAACAAGUAAUGUUAAAAGAAAUCUUCUAACGAUAUUUAUGUACUUUGAUAAGUUAUUUGAAAGGUGUGGAGAGGACUUAAUAAGGAGAGUGUUAGGAGAAGAGAACUUGGUAAUUUUGUUGAUUCUAUCAAUGAUAUAUCUACAUGACCCAGUGUACUACUUUGGUGAAGCAUAUUACUCCUCUAAACUUCUAAUAAAACUCUAUAAACUGUUGUUUGUACCAGUUGGUUCUACGGAUGUUAGUUUAUCUAAACUAUUGAUCGAUGAAGCUGUUGUGGUUAAUGAUUUAGGUGAUUAUAACACACUGGAUUACUUCUGUUUAACUGAUGAAGGAGUAAAAAUUAUUAGCAAGAUAGAUGAAACCUAUGUGUAUCCCACAGAUAUAGUAGUAAAUAUGAUGAAUGUAUCAAGAAUAAUUGAGAGACUUAAUGGAUUAUACAAUGUGGAUGGUGGUAAAAUUAUUAACCAAAUGAGUUCAGUGAUGAAGAAGCUUAAAAAUAAACCUGUUUUACACAGGUCAACAUCCUUCUUAUUUAAUCCAUCGUUUUUGAGUACAGGGAACACGUUUUCUAGUAAUAUACUAUUAAACAGCGUAAAUACACCUGCAUCCAGUUUAAAGGUGAAUGGGAUAGUGAUUGAUACAGAUUUGAGUACUUUUCAAAAUCUGGGAAUUUUGAAUAUAAUAUGCCUUUUUUCCGCUGAUUCAACCACUAAACAGUCGAGUUUUUUGGAUAAUAGUGUAACUGAUAUUAUAAACUCUGUGAUUAAUAAUGUGAGCACAAAUACAAGUACUUUCACACUAGGUAAGGAAGAGUUGGCUCUAGCCCAGAAACAAAAACUAACACACUUCCGAUAUGAUACAGUUAACACUGGCGAUGAUAGUGUGUUUUGGUGUAAUACCAUGGAAAUGAAGUAUAUAUAUUUAGUAUUGAACAGCAUUUGUAUAAGUAAUUUGGCAAGUAAAGAUAACACUAGGGUUCUUUGCACAAAACUGUAUCAAAUUAUGGUUCAAAACAUUCCAAAAGACUCAUCAUUUUCAUUAUUCGGGAAGACUUCAGCUUAUUUACAGUCUGAAAGAGUUAGACUAACUUUAUUAUCAGCACUAACGCAUGUUUAUGCAAAGUUUGGGUCUGUUAUGAAUAAUAAAGUAGUUGAUAGUGGUGAGUUGGUAAAUAGUAAAGAAUCUGUUGAAGAAGUGUUAAGUGCGAGAUAUAAUAAAAUGUCAAGUUUACUUGUGGCUAAAGAGAAAUCUAAUGAACCAGAUGAUAACAAUAUAUCAGAAAGCAUGGUUGAGAAGUAUAUAAUAUCACCAAUGAUAUUGAUGUUCAACAACGAAACUGAAUCUUCAGUACAAGAAUUCAUACUUAACCGUCUGAUACUGUUAACGCACUCUAACAGUUGUGUUAACGGAGAUAUCGAAAUGAUUUCUGUAUUGUUUAAUAAAUUAAUUGGUGUAAUAUUGAAAUUGUCAGAUAGUAACCUUAAACUGGAUCCCAACAGUAUGGUGGAAAGGUAUGAAAAAAAUGAAAUAUUGAACAUAAAUAAUGUAAAUAGAGAAGUAACUGAAAAGGAACAGCUUUUGUCAUUUUACUCUUUCAUGUUAUUGUCAUCAUUUGGACCACAUUACAAGUCACUAACAAGGUCAGAGAAGCCCUAUAUGGUAUUAUACUACAUACUGUACUGGUGUGAUUAUUACUUUUUCGUUAAUGUAGCCAAGUUUAAUCUUAAUUAUUCCUUCUGCUACAACUUCCACAGCUCAGUUAACCAGGUAAAAAUCGUACAAUUUUACCUUAAAAGUGUUUUUGACGCACUUAUUGACUCGGAUAAUGGUGUAGACUGGGACAUACUUUAUAAAAUAAUCGCCAUAAUACUGAGUAAUAAUAACCAGAUUGAGCAAUUAUUGAUCAAAAACAGGUUAUACAUAAUGAUUACAUUUUUAAACGAGGUUUCACACUACGGUUAUACUGAUCUGAGUACAGAGGGUAGUGUAGAAAACUGGCUUAAAAUAUUAAUGAUGAUAUGGUGUUAUGUCCUCAAAUGCCAUGAUUACAAUGUGAAAGUUAACUUGAUUAGUAUUUUUUACCGGUUAUUUCAACAACACAAGGCAGUAGCAAAUACGGAAACAGUAGUAAAGUCGGACGUCAUAAAUAAUUUGGACACUAUAAUUAGUGUGAUGCCGGAAGAUUUGAGCAUAAAGUUGGUGAUGUUGGCGGUAAAUUAUUUGGAAAGACCAACUUGCGUAUCAAAUUCACUAAUUAAAAUCAUACAUAAAAUAUUGAAGCAGAAUAUGAGCUUGAUGUCAACACAUCAGAUUCAGUCGAUUUUGUUAGUUGUAUUUAACAGGUUUAAACAACACUUGCAGAGUAAUAAUAUACCAAUUUUCUUGAGAUUAUUCCUAAUUGACAUGUUCAAGAGUAAUAUUAGCAUUCUGUUUAACAUACUGUUUGGUUAUAAUUUGGAGUUCCAGUCAAAUGUGAUACUCAUGAUAAUCAAAGAUGAGGAAUUGCUGGAUUUAUUACUCGAUUACCUUCAACAAUUUAUCAGUAAACAGCUUCAAGAGUGUUUUAAAUUGGAUUCUUGUAGUUCUGGGAAUACAGAGGUCGUUGAAAACGUUGAAAAUUCUACUGUUUCUAACAGGGAACUUAGUAAAGAACAUAGUAUUAAGACUCUGGAGUGUAUAAUAGAGUAUAAUGUAAGUAUAUUCAAGAAUAAUUUUGAGUUGUUAAGUGAGAAUAGUGAAUAUGUAAACCUUCUUAUUAUAUACGUGAAUGCCAUGUCAAGUAGCGUUUCAGGCUUAAUCAAGGAAAAUCUGGAUAAAAAAAUCAUUAGACUUUUGAAAUCUAUUCUUCAACAGGAUGUUUCAGCCAAUAAUACAAUAUUAUAUUACAGUAUUGCCAUCAUAAGCAGCAAUUCAAAGCUUUUAAACUCACUUCUUGACUAUAUUCUCAACUUAUUCCAUUGUAAAAACAAAUGUUCAGAAAACGGUUCCUAUAACAGUUCUAAGAAUAGUAAUGAUGCGGGAAAUAUGGAAACCAGUAGUAUGAAAGUGUUGUUGAAGAUAAUAAUUGAACUGAUCAAGUGCAAAUCAUUAAUUGGGUAUGAUUUGAAGGUUAUAAAGAUAAUAAAAUCACUUGAUUACAAUUAUAAGCUCAUGUACUAUUAUCUCAAGAAUAUGUAUACAACCAAAAUUAACCCGUAUUAUAACUUGUAUAACAAUUUGUAUUACAAGGUUGAGAAAGUUAGAAAACGAUUCUUUGACCAACUUAUAAGCUCAUUAACCAGUAGUAUUGAUGAGAAAAUAGAAACUAAAUCUUUAUAUUACUAUAUGAAGGUAAUACAUAUGGUUAUUAGGAUAAUAACAAAUAAUCGUCUGGCAAACUACUAUGAUAAUGUUGAUAAAAUGAUAUGCACUAUUGUCAGGAAUAAGACUUUUUUCACUAGAAAGAAGCUAAGGCACUCGUAUUUACAACUUUACUGCUCAAUAUUACGAUAUAUAACUGUUAAAAAUACUAUUUCCUCAAGAGUUAAAAUUAGCAAAACCCUGGCUGUGGAUAAUUUGAAAACUUAUUUAUUAUAUCCAACCUGUGUAGCAAUAAUGUCCAAAGAUAGUAAGGGACUGUCAAAGAUAUGUAACAAGUACAUCAAAUUAUUUAUUUCCUUAUUCUUUGGCAAUUGCUAUAGUGUGGAUUGUUCUAACUUGUUUGAGGAGGUAAUAAGAGCCUUAAUUGUUAUGGGUAAUAGUAAUACUGCUUGUAUAUGUAAUUCUACAAUUCCAAGCUAUCAAACUCCGGAUACAACUUGUAAUUUUAAAUAUUCUAAAGAACCAAGUCAGAAAACCCUAUGUGUUUGUAACAGUUUCUAUUUGCUGUAUAUUUUAUCAUAUUUUAUACCCAAUAAUGAAGAUGAAGGGAUCUUAGUUCCGGCGAACAUUAACGAGGAGUUUAAAAACAUCAAGAGGUUGCAGCUGGAUAAAAAGAGCUCCGAGGUUCUUUUCCAAAGUAAACCCACCUUUGAAAACCAUUCUCAGGAAUUCAUUGACGUUAAUGAAUUCUAUAAUCUUAACCUCAAUUUGGGAAAUUCCGCUACUCAACUUGAUAACAGUAGCGAUUUGUCCAAUAUUAGUGUUUGUGGAGAUUUGUUAGUGCUGUUGGAUGUUAGUGACUAUGUUAUGGUUGACGGCAGAGCCAAGAGUAAUUUUAUGUACAAUUCAGACUCUCUGGAAGAGUAUUUCACCAAAGUUUCUGGUAAAAACUUAAGUCUCCUCAGACUUAAAAGUGUGGAUGUUAUCAAGAAUUCAUUUCUGUUCCUCUCAAACAACGUUUAUCGUUUUAUCACUUUCCAAAGAUAUUUAAACUCGAAACUUAUCAAGGUCAACCUGUUCCAAUCUGAUACUCACUUUUCCUUUAAUUCCACUUCAAACAAACCUAAUGAUGCCGUAAACAACAAAUUAAAUGAUAAAGUAAAGGAAAGUCCUGCUGGAGAACCUGUUCAGGACGAUGUUCUGUACAAUUGUAUCAAAUUUUGUGUGUUUAUAAUGUCAAAAUCAUCACUGUACAUUUCUGAAAACUCAGAAUUCCUUCAGCUCGAUCACCAGUCUAACCAAAUUGAUGAACAUGAGCUGGAGUCGAAUUUGAAGUUAAUCAGGAGAAAUUGUUUAAUUCACUAUGAAAGUCUUUGCAAUGUAGUUUUAAGUAAGUUGUGCAAGUUAAUCAACAACACCAAAUUCAAGCUGUACAUUUACAAACAAUUGCAACACUUAUCAAAUGUUGUGUCUCACUAA